UAGAAACAGUAAAGAAAAACUUUCCGUUAAAUUAGCCAAACAUUUAAUCUGAAAAUUAAUCUAGAAACCAUCGUUUCUAGUUUUUCUUUGUUUUUGUGUGUUUGAUUGUUUAUUUAUUUUUGUGAAAAGUGAAAAGUGAAAAGUGAAGGAUUCAACAGUUGAAAAAGACAAGACAGAGAAUAAGAAGAAAAGAUGACCACUAAACGAAAUGAAGUUCGGUAUGACCUUCCUGACACUGUUAUUGAUCCGUUGAGUAAGAAACGUUACCGUAAAGGUAAAUUCUUGGGUCGUGGUGGUUUUGCUCGGUGUUACGAGUUAACCGAAAUACCUGCUGAGAUAAUUUAUGCCGGUAAAGUGAUAGCCAAAUCACAGAUUAAAUCUUCCGAUCAGAAGCAAAAAAUGAGCCAAGAAAUUAUGAUCCAUCGAGGUAUAAGUCAUAAACACAUUGUCGCUUUUCAUACCUACUUUGAAGAUUCCAAUUAUAUCUAUAUUAUACUUGAAUUGUGUAAUAAAAGGUCACUUAUGGAGAUGCAUAAAAGAAGAAAAGUUUUCACAGAACCAGAGGUUCGUUAUAUUGUUAGACAAAUUGCUCUCGCUUGUCAAUACCUACAUUCAAAUAAGAUUGUCCAUCGUGAUCUUAAAUUGGGUAACCUGUUUCUCAAUGAAGAUAUGGAUGUUAAAGUUGGUGAUUUUGGACUGGCAACCAAAAUUUCAAACGAAAAGGAUAGAAAGUUAACCCUAUGUGGAACACCAAAUUACAUUGCCCCUGAAGUUUUAAUGAAAAAAGGCCAUGGAUUUGAAGUUGAUGUCUGGUCACUUGGGUGUAUUGUUUAUACGCUGUUUGUUGGUAAACCUCCGUUUGAGACAAACGAUCUCAAAGACACUUACAAAAAGAUUAAGAACAACGAUUACGAGAUACCUAGUUACGUUCCACCGGAUGCCCGUGCAUUCAUCCGUCAAAUGCUUAAAGCAGAUCCAACCGAACGUCCAUCUAUGAGUGAUAUUUUAACUGAUCCCUAUUUGAUGAAAAAUUACAUCCCCUCCAAAUUGCCACAUUCAUGUCUAACUACUGCCCCUCGGUACAACAAUGGACGUCUUUCCAUCAUGCCAACAGAGUUUUAUGGUUCACCUAGAAGACCAUUGGGUGAGAAAAAUUCUGACCUACCAGUAGUCACUGCCAAAAUUGCCAACGAUAAUGCUGCUGCCAAAAACAAUGGCGUUCAACAGCCCACUUCAGCUACCAACAAAGCAACAACAACAACAACAACAACAACAACUGCCACCACAACUACCACCGCCAAUAAUAAUAAUAAUAAUAACGGUGCUGGUCAAAACAAUCAACAAACUGGACUUAAUAAUAAUAAUCUUAACACAAAUUACAAUAAUAAUUAUAACGAAAAUCAAGCUGUUCAAAUUCCCAAACCAAUGGGUAACACUGGAUUCUCAAAGGAUUUCAAUUUGAAGGAUUUAAGUGAUCAAUUGCAUAAAGUUGUUGCCAUUCGUGCUAAUGAAAAAGAUGAUGGAUUAGCCGAUGAAGCUGAAGAUCCAGCUUCAACUCCCGUUGUUUGGAUUAGUAAAUGGGUUGAUUAUACCGAUAGAUAUGGUAUUGGUUAUCAAUUGUGUGACAAUUCAGUUGGAAUUUUGUUCAAUGAUAUUACCCGAUUGGUACUUUUAGCCGAUGGUAUGAAUUUACAAUACAUUGAAAGAGAUGGAUCCGAAUCCUAUCAUACCCUUGAAUCUUAUCCAGAACAAUUGUUAAAGAAGAAAAUAACUCUUCUCAAAUACUUCCGUAAUUAUAUGCAAGAGCAUUUGCUCAAAUGUGGAGAGAAAAAAAUUGAUCUUGAAGAGAAAGAUGAAUUAACUCGAUUACCUUACCUGAACAAUUGGUUCCGAACAAGGAACGCAAUUAUCUUCCAUCUAACAAACGGAACAGUCCAAAUGAAUUUCUUCCAAGAUCAUACAAAAUUAAUUCUAUGCCCUCACAUGGGAGCUGUUACGUAUGUCGACGAGAAGAGAGAAUUUAGAACUUUCAAAUUCUCUUUGAUCGAAAAGUAUGGAUGCACCAAGGAGCUUUACCAGCGACUUAAAUACGCCCGAGAAAUUGUGGAUCGUUUAAUGACCCAUCGACUGCAGGCCGGUGUUAAAAGUAAAUAAUAUCCGCCACAAACAAAACCACAGCGGAAUCAACAAAUUAAAUCAACAAUCAACUUGAACACACACAAAUGAAAAGCUACCAAGUUACCAAGAAUUCCGGUGACAAAACUAAAUGGAAACCCAUAUAUAUAUAAAUAUAUUUACCACCUUCUCUUUUUCCCCGCUCUCACCAAUCUCUUAACCCUUUCUCUCCACCAUCUCUCACCCUCCAUUUCAUCCAACCUUUGUCCACCCACAUAAACACCACACACACACACUCUCUCUCUCUCUCUCUCUCUCUCACUCUUGCACUCUUCCUCUUCACUCUGUCUUAAACUAGCCUCCACAUUCGGGGUCACACCAAUUGAAUUUAUAAAUUACAUUCAUAUAUAAAUUCCUUUUAACGUAAUCUUCUGAUUAAUUAAGAAAGAAAGAGAGCAACUUGAUGAUAGUGAUGAUCCCUUGAUUUAUCUCCCUUAACCUCUUAACCUUUAUUUAGGGCUGACUUGCGAAAUUAAUAAAUUGUUCAUCUAACAAAAGUUGAAAAGUAAAACAUAAACACAAAUAUACAUAAUCAAAGACUAGAUGGUUAACCAUUGUUGAUGAAAAUGUCAUACAAUCAACAAAUUAACCAGCGAACAAAAAAGUUUAAAAAGAAAUUAAGUUACAACCAAUAUAUUUAUUCCAAUACGAUUAUCUUGCAACAAUUAUCUUAAUUAAUUUCCAAUUGUGACCCCGAGUGUAAAUUAUUUUUACCUUUUCCCUUCUUAAUUAUAUUUUUUUUUCUUCCUCCAAGAAAUCAAACAACAAAUCAAUGGUUCUCAUCUUAUCAAAUUUAACAAAAUUAUGUAAAUCCAAGAGAGAUGAUAUUUUUUUUCUCAUAACAAUUAGUUAAUUGCCAUUUAUAUCUCCAACAAUCAACGUAUCUCCCUUACUGUUUUUAUCUCUCUCCAUAUGAUAAUCAGUUGAUCAUCUAUUCAAUUUUAUACUCAUUUCUUAAUUACUUUUUUUUUAUCUCUUAAUACAUUUCAAUUGCUCACUUAAGGAAAUUUCAACAAUUAUUUCAUUAUUAACACUAUUAAAAUCUAACGGUUUUAAUUGUAACAGUAACAUCGGUGAAACAAUUAAUCAUUUGUAAAGAUUAAAAUAGUGAAGAAAUCAAAUCAAGGGUUUCCUUAAGUGAAUAUUUGAAUGUAUCUUUGAAAAAAGAUUAAAUUAAAAUCCUUCCAAUUGAUUGA